AUAAGAACGAGAAACUAUAAAUACAAGGAAACGCGCACGCGAAAAACGGAAAUAUUCCUUGCGGAUCGGAGAAGAUAUAACAAUACCCCGCCGACUAACCACCGAUCCCGGCGGCGUAUAUGGAGGGAGUAGGGGCCAGAUUUGGCCGAUCGUCGUCUCGAUACGGACCGGCGACGGUUUUCACCGGUCCGGUUCGUAAAUGGAAGAGGAAAUGGGUCCACGUAUCGCCGCCUAGCUCAGGCAACAGCAAUCACCAGAGCCAUCAGGCACCUACGAAUGUUGGAGCUAACGGAAGUAACGGAUCUUAUCUCUUGCUUCUCAAGUGGACUCCGAUUACUCCCAGCCAGAACGGCAAUAACGCUAACAAUAGCAACGGCGGCGGAGCCGCUGAUAAGAAUGGGGACUCCAAGAGCUCCGCCAAAGACGACGCCGUUGCUGUAGAGGUGCCAUUGAAGCGAAAAUUUAAGUAUAUUCCGAUUGCUGUGCUUGAAGAGCAAAAAUCUUCAGAACUCGAGGAUGAAGCCAAUCCAAUUGAAAGUGAAACAAAUGGAGGAAAUCCGGCUUCUAAGACUGAUGGUUUUCAUGAAAAACCAGAUAUCAAUGAUGUGCCAAUGGAGGAUAAUCAGGCUCCUGAGAAUGACGUUCCAGAACGACAGGAUUUAAAUGAAAGCACGUUGGAUUUGAGUUUGGGAUGAACGUUCACGAUCACCACGAGAAAAAUUGCUGACAUGAAAGCAUACCUGACUAAAGAAUGUCAGUUAGACAGAGUUGCACUGGUUAAGUCUCCUUGCUGAUAUCUUCUCAGUAACAUGAAAACGCUGUCCUUUGAGAAAUGUUAUUCGCUUUGGUAUUUGUACUUUGCUUCAGAUUGUUUAAGCUCUGCGAAACAACUUAUGAACUGGCAUUGAUUUGAUUUUUAUCUUCUGGUGAUUGUAGUUUGUAUCAAUAGUGUACUGAGAAGUAGAAUCACACUUGUUUUUCUUUUCCAAAAAUUUUCCAGAUUGUUGCGGACUACCUUUAUGUAUUGGAAUAUUAUUUAUAUAUUGGACUUGGUUUAUGUGUUGGGGAUUUA